CGCUCCGGCCGAGUGCAGGCGCGCGCGGCUCGGCGGCGCGGGACCCAGGGGCGGGGCGAGCCGGCGGGCUGGCGGGCGGGCGCGGCUAGAGCCCGGCGGGACGGCGGGCGGCGGGCGGGCACCUGGUGCUGGGCGGACGCCGGGCUCGGUCCCGGCUGCGCCGCUCGGCGGUGUCUCUCGCUGCGGCGGCCCUGCGCCAUGUACACCUUCGUGGUGCGCGACGAGAACAGCAGCGUGUACGCCGAGGUCUCCCGGCUGCUCCUCGCCACCGGCCACUGGAGGAGACUGAAGAAGGACAACCCCAGGUUCAACCUGAUGCUGGGGGAGAGGAACCGGCUGCCGUUCGGGAGGCUGGGUCACGAGCCCGGGCUAAUGCAGUUGGUGAAUUACUACAGGGGGGCUGACAAACUGUGUCGGAAAGCUUCUCUAGUGAAGCUAAUCAAGACAAGCCCAGAACUGGCUGAGUCCUACACGUGGUUCCCUGAGUCCUAUAUGAUUUAUCCAACUAAUCUCAAGACUCCAGUUGCUCCAGCACAGAAUGGAAUCCACCCACCAAUCAAUAACUCAAGGACAGAUGAAAGGGAAUUCUUCUUGGCUUCUUACAACAAAAAGAAAGAAGAUGGAGAAGGAAAUGUUUGGAUUGCAAAAUCAUCAGCUGGUGCCAAAGGUGAAGGCAUCCUCAUCUCCUCGGAAGCUACAGAGCUUCUGGAUUUCAUAGACAACCAGGGCCAGGUGCAUGUGAUCCAAAAAUACCUUGAGCACCCUUUGCUUCUGGAACCAGGCCAUCGCAAAUUCGACAUUCGAAGCUGGGUUUUGGUGGAUCAUCAGUAUAAUAUCUACCUUUAUAGAGAAGGUGUGCUUCGGACUGCUUCAGAACCAUAUCAUGUCGAUAAUUUCCAAGACAAAACCUGCCACUUGACCAAUCACUGCAUACAGAAAGAGUACUCAAAAAACUAUGGGAAGUAUGAAGAAGGGAACGAAAUGUUUUUUGGGGAGUUCAAUCAGUACCUUACAAGUGCUUUGAAUAUUACCCUGGAAAACAGUAUCUUACAACAAAUCAAGCAUAUAAUAAGAAGCUGCCUCAUGAGUGUGGAGCCCGCCAUCAGCACCAAGCACCUGCCUUACCACAGCUUCCAGCUUUUCGGGUUUGACUUCAUGGUGGAUGAGGAGCUUAAAGUCUGGCUCAUCGAGGUCAACGGUGCCCCUGCUUGUGCGCAGAAACUCUAUGCAGAACUGUGCCAAGGCAUCGUGGACAUAGCCAUAUCCAGUGUCUUCCUGCCCCCCGACACAGAGCAGCCGCCGCCCCAGCCAGCUGCAUUCAUCAAGCUGUGACCCAGGGAGGUGCGCUAAGCUGCCUCAGAAGAAGCGUGGGGCCCAGCUCCUGGGAAAGGAGAAGUGUCCUGAUUGCUCAUGAUGAAGCUGAAGAUAAAAGGAGAUAAAAAGAGGAAACUUGCAACAACAAGAACAAAAAAUUACAAUGGAAGAGAGAGCAUGAGAUGACAAAGGCGACUUCCCCGAAGAGUUGGUUGCUCAGAGGGUCCUAUGUGGAGCUGCUAUUGAGAUUCCUGAACUGACAUGAGCUUUUUCUGAGGGGAAAGCAAAAUGGUCUAAGCCAGGAAUUUGAUAAUUUUAUGCUUUCAUCCUUUGAAAAAAAUCUGAUUUUUAUCCGUAGCAGUGUGGUGGGCAGCAGCUUUCCACCAGGAGGCUGCAGCCCACUGGACCUUUGGUUGGUGUCUUCCCACCUGCUGCAGCCUUAGUGCCUUACCUCUCCUUCCAGCUGCAAGACUUCUCCUUUAGGGUGUGACUGGGAUGAUAGAGCAUUCUGGAGGUUGCCAGUGUGUUGUGUUCCCUGCUUAUCCCUUUCCACAACACUGCACCCUCAAAAUCUGGGCAAGCAUGCACCAACGGCCCUGGGUUUCAUGCUGUGUGGCGCCUUGGGGUGAAGGGGGUUCCAUCAUAUUCCUGACAGUGUCCACUCAGUCACCUGUCUGUCAGGGAUAGUCUGGGCUGUACACCAAAACUGCAAAUGCUGCUCUCUGAUCUGCUCUCUGCAUGUUUUAGAAAUCAAGUGGCAAGUUUACCAUAAACACAUAAGCAUCAGAUAAGCAUGAGAGAAAUAAUAAUAAUAAUGUCUUGCUUUACAAAAGAAUUGAGUGGGGGUCUUUGAAAUAGGAAGAUUCUCAGUUAUCUUUCUCUUAAUCAGAAUUCUGCAUGCACUUAUGCAGAGUCUCUUUUUCUUCUGUUAUUGUUUGUUCAUUUCACUUUUACAAAAGUCCUUCUGGGGGUCUGAAGAAGGUUGAAUUCCACUUCUCCCCCUGGGUAGCAUGGCCCCAGAUAUAGAUAGCUUCUCUCAUUCUGUCCUCUUUGCUCUCUGGACACCUUUUAUAGGAUGGAACUGGAGGGGCAGGUUUCAUCCCAGGGAGAUUUCCAGUUUUCUUGUGCCUCUUGAUAUCAGGGAGGGGUCCUGGAUAAGUACACGUCUCGUUGAAAUGAUGUCUUCUAAAGUGAUGAAGAAGUGGUCUCAGAGCUCCAUGUGGCAUCUUGUAAGUUGGCAUCUGUGUCCUGUUAGGUGUAGUUACCGAAUACUGGAUUGACGAAUGUUCUGUAGACGUUUCAGGAGACCACAUCUCUAGCAGUGGAAAAGAACAAGAUGCCAUUCAUGUUCAACAUGAGCCGAAUGAACAGGCCCUUCCUUAGAUUGAAUUGGGCAUCACAGCAGACCCCUGGGAAAGGUCCCCUUCUCAGCAGAAUGUGGUAUGUUCUCCCUGCAUUUCUGUGAUCCAUCAUAUGUUUCUCCUUGCCAUAAGAAACAGUUCUGGGGGUCGGGCGAUAGCACAGUGGGUUAAGCGCAACAUGGCGCAAAGUGCAAGGACUGGCGAAAGGAUCCCGGUUGGAGGCCCUGCCUCCCCACCUGCAGGGGAGUCACUUUACAGGCAGUGAAGCAGGUCUGCAGGUGUCUGUCUUUCUCUCCCCGUCUUCCCCUCCUCUCUCGAUUCCUCUGUCCUAUCCAACAACGAAUGACAUCAACAACAACAAUAACCACAACAAGUCUACAACAACAAGGGCAACAAAAGGGGAUAAAAAAAGGCCUCCAGGAGCAGUGGAUUCAUGGUGCAGGCACUGAUCCCCAGCAAUAACCCUGGAAGCAAAAAAAAAAAAACAGUUCUGCAGUCAGGAGAGGCUUUAAAAAAAAUGAAAAGAAAAAAAAAAACGUGCUAUAGAAGCUUACACAGGAGGAUGGAGUCAUGAUAAAAGAUAUUUAAGGAUACAGAAUGGAUGUUGAAUGUGAAAGCACUGUGUCCCACAUGGUGAAGUAGAGGAAAAGCCUGUCUGGGUUGGACUACAUGAGAGUUUACUUUUUUAAAAUAAAAGUCUUGACUACUCAAAAUGUGGAUAGUGAAAUUUGCAUCCAGAGCAAAUAAAACAGUCAUUGGUAAAAGUCAGUCCUCAAGACCCAGCACAAGUGAUGGGCUGGUAUCUGGGGGCUCCUGAGUAGGUCAUAGACAUGCAUUGUUUAAAAAGUAUAAGGUACUGAGUUCUCCUUGGCAAGUCUGUGUGGGCUAAUGAUAAGGAAAGAAUGGAAGUUUCUAUAGUGCUGUCACAUGUAAAUGCACAUAUUUUUGGACCUCAUUUACAGAGGGACAUUCAAGAUCUUUCCAGUUCUUAACUAUGACAGAGCUAAGACUUUAGAUGCAAGUUUAUGCAUCUUGAUGAAUUUUCUAAAAAACCUUUACCAGUAACAUAUGUGAGGUCAGUAGGGUAUAUAUUUUUUAAUUAUGCUUUAUUCCACACUUGAUUGCAAGCUAGUGUCUAUCAUGCAUUUAUUUACAGUCGGGUCAGAUUGUUAGCUCAGAGCUGUUCUACCCUUCCAUGAUGUCCUUGACACAUAUCUCCGGCUGGGGAGGAGGAGGUACUACCGACUUGGGGAUGUCUGUUCCAAUCUUGACUCUAACAUUUGGCCACACAGUUUCAGAAGAGCCUGUUAAUGUAUGCCUUAGAUUCUUGUCUCAUGUAAAAGGUCCUGGCAUGACUCAAGGACUACCUCAAGGGCUUUUAGUGAGGACAGAUGAGAUUAGGAAUAUUCAAGGAUCUUUAGUGCCAAGGUUCUCAAGGCUGACUAUAUGUUGGAAUCAUUUGGGAAGUUUUUGAAAAGUAUUGGUGUCCACACUUUCUCCUUCUGCUCCAGAAAAUGAAAUCAGAAUGUCAGGCCUCAGCAUACUUCAAGAUGCUUUGAGCAUUGCUUGAGAAGAAGAGACAAUAGUAACAUCUUGGAAAAAGUCAAAUAAAACCUAGAGUUUUUCUUUUUAAUGUAAAGGGCAGGUACUUUGAGGAUGUUCAGCAUUAAAACUGAAGAUGUCUAACUGUGCUUGUAUGAGGCCCUAUAUUUAACCUCUGGCACCAAAAAAAAAAAAAAAAAAAAAGCUUAAAGCUUAUUGUUUGGAAAUUAAAAUGCGCUUUAUCUCCUUAGUUUAUGAAACCUUGACAGCAAAUGUAAACCGACAAGAAUUUAUAAAUCUGCUAGGUUACUGAUUAUUAAGAGAAGAAGCUCCUUCCUUCACACUUAAUUCCUGUGAUAAUUAUAAAGUCUGUUUUACUCCUAACAGUGAAGUGCCUCAGUAUAUGAUACAGAGAAGCAGGGGCUGAUGGGACAUUUUGCUAGUGCCUCGAGUGGUCAUCACAGACAUAGAAUUUCUGCAAGUGCUGGAAAUGUACAGGAGCCACAGAACCCACAAAUCACAGUGAAGCUACUAUGUGUGUAUUUUCAUUAACAUCUAAGGUUGUGUUUGCUAGGGUGGAUCCUGCCCUGUUGUGGGUGUGGUGGGGGCCUCUGCUAGAGAAAACGGCACCAGUGGGUCCCCUGUAGCCUGUGGUUGCUGUGGAAAGGCUUCAGUAAUAUACUUGUCUCUGAUUCUAGACUCAGAAUCUGUACCUAAGAGGAAAUAACUUCUGAAAUAAGGUGAUCUUAUGAAUGUCAAAUAUGCCUGGAGCAUUAAAGUAAAAUAAUGAUAUUUCAAA